UAUGGAUUAUUGGGAAUUGUUUUUCAACGCUUAAGCGCACUAAUGUCAAGCCAUGUGCUCCUGCAUUUUGAAAUGAUCAGAGCUUUUCACAUUGAUCAAACAAUUCUGAAUUUAUCAGAGCAUUUUCUCAACCUCUAAUAUUUCCAGACCCUAUAUACACAUUAACUAUCACAAUGAAGUUCAAACAAUUUGUGAGUUGUAGUUACAAAUUUAGUUGAUUAGAGAUAUGGAUGCAAUGUUUUCUCACCUUCCGUUUCUGAUAAUCAUUUUCUGUUUAUUUGCAGGAAGAGGCGUUGCAGACAAGGCUGAAGCGCUGUUUGUGUUCGGAGCAUCCUAUGCCGACACAGGAAAUAAAGAUCCAUACAAUCAAAGCAUAAACCAGCCAUGGAGAAGGCCAUACGGUUUGACCUGGCCUGGCUAUCCUGCAGGCAGAUUUUCUUCUGGAAAAAUUCAGACAGAUUUUUGGGGGGAUAUUUUAGGGCUUCCCGCUCCCAUAGCUUAUGAGAUGCUGAAAAGUCAUGACUGUAAAGCAAGUGCAAAGAAGAUGAGACACGGAGUGAAUUUUGCAGUGGGAGGCAGUGGAAUAUUUCGAGCCUACGGUUUUAUAACAGUAGCAGAACAGGUGAAGCAAUUGAAGGAGCUGAUAGGAGGAAGUCAGGGGUUCGACUCUCACAAGCUCUCACGGUCUGUAGUUCUUAUCUCUGCGGCUGGUAACGACUACGAAUCCCUUGCUAGCAGAAACGGCUCCAUUGAGGAAAUGAUCGAUCUGGUGAGACCUGUGGUAAGCGGGACAAUAGACGUUGUGAAAGAGUUGUACGAAAGCGGGCUUAGGAAUUUUGUGGUGAGUAAUGUUGAUCGCUUAGGGUGCUACCCUGAGAUCGGCAAAACAUCCUGUGAUUCAAAAUACGAUGAAAUUUUAGCUCUUCAUACAAGAUUAUUGAAGGAGAGCGUAGAAAGCCUCAGAUCGGAUCUUAGGGAAUUGUCCAUCAUAUUUUCAGAUUUGGUAUCUGCAUUUAAUCAUAUCUUCUCCAAUCCUGCACAAUUCGGUUUGGUGGAUUUGUUCGUUCCUUGCUGUGCUGAGAAAGGCGGGGUUCAAAUGUGUGGAGAGGUGGACGAAAUAGGCAGACCAUUAUUUGAAGUGUGUUCUAACGUAGAGGAAAGGUUCCGCUGGGAUUCAGGCCAUCCAACACAGAGAGGAUGGCAUGCGAUAAUGUCACUGUACAGUAAUGGAGCAAAAGGGGACAAUAAAACAAUCAGUUUUAUAGAGGGGGCGCCAAACGUUAUUGCUUGGCUACACUCACUUGGAUUCGUUGCUUACAGUGUGCCCACACUGUAGAGUUUAUGCAAUUUGUGGAUUUUAAAGUACUUUCCAAGUUCUCUUCAUCUUGAUGAAAUGUUGAUUUAUACAUA